AUGUUUUCACUCAGAUUGCGUAGAUUGCUCAUUUCUGGCGAUAGCGAUACUAAUAAAGAGGACAAGCCGACACCCACGACGGAAGAUGAUUACCGUGUGCAGAUUGUCUCAAGUUCGACGCGGAGCAAUCGCACUGCCAUGAAAAAGGAGUACUCGAGACGCGGUAGCACUUCCGGAAUAUUCGGUCGCGCCAAGGAGCCCCCCUCGAAGCGCACGCCGUCGAGUAAGGAGUUGGCAGUCCUCGCGACGACUGCAUCCACGGACUCCAAAUGCACCACAGAACGUACCCAAUCAAUAUGUUCCAUACAACCAGAUCCCGAGAAAAUUGUCUCAAAAACACGUUCGCAUUGUUCAAUGGUGAACAGUAAACAUAAUUCUUCUCGAACUAAACAGACUGUGGAGACUUUGGACGUGGAUACUCCUUCACCGAGUGUCCAUAGCCGCUCUUUACCCAAUGGACGGAGCGGCCGAAGGAGAUCGCUGCUGUCAAACGAUACAUCAUCGUCGAAAACGAGGGAAUGGGACCCGGCUAUAUUCGUAGUUGAUUUCGCUGGACAAGCCAACAAAGCGCCUGCAAAUUUGGUAUCGCCAUCGUGUGCACGCGAAUCUCCUUUGUCCACAAACACUCAUUAUUUUAUUCCAGAUAGCAAUCACGGGCAACGGUCUACCUAUACAUUACCGAAAGAAUGCUCCGUACAAGAUGGGGGCUUGGAACUGCUGAACGGACGCACCCAGAUACCUUUACGACGGCGAAGUUCUCUCAGUGGCCAAAUUCGGAUGCCUGCCCUUUUGACUACGUCGAUCACCAAAACACCGUGGAAUCAAAAUCUCUUUACCGUUGACUGUAACUCCAUAUCUGAUGAUCGAAGCGACGACCACGUUUUAUUGAUUGAAAACAAGCCAACCAAACAAGGAGAGAUUAUGCUGGGGGGACGAGAUCUUGACGACACGGAAGACCCCUCUAUGCUGUUAAACGCUGAUGCUGUGAGUGUCGUUACUGCCAGUACUUGCAGCGAUCUAACCAUGGGAGAUCCUACUAUGAUCAAGCUUUAUGACAAAAACGGUUGUCUCCGCAAAGAUCUGCUCAUUGCUAUGGAGAAUGGUAGACCUACCAUGAGAAAACAAGCCGAUGCCAAAUUUGUGAAGCCCAAGUAUAUAACGUUUCGGCGUAAAGAGCGACUGCUGCUGUAA